UUGGCUAUAUUUUAAAGUUGUUAAUAAGAAUUUGUCUCUUGUUAAUUGAUUUUAAUGUGAUUAAAGAUGGAGUGUAUUCAACUAUGCCGGUGUUGUUUGGCCGUAGGUCUUCAUAAAGAUCUGGACGUUCCAUAUUUUUAUUUAGAAAAGAAAGAAGUUUAUUCAGACAUGCUAUCGGAGUGUUUUAAUAUAGUAUUGUCUGCAGACAAAACAUAUAACAUGAUAUGUGAAUCUUGCAUCACCAGCCUUCGUGAUUCAUUUAUCUUCAAGCAGCAGGUGAUCAAAGCUGAACAAGAUUUUCUUGAGUGGAUAAAAGAGAAAAAAGACAAAGAUAAUUCACAAGUUAAAGAGGAACUAAAAGAGGAAAGUGGAAAUGAAUCGGAUGAUUACUUCUUAUCUGAUGCAGUAAAACCAACAAAACUGAAACUAGAAGCUAAAGAUAUAUCAAAGAGAAGAAAGACUAAUAAGAGGGACAUAAAUGAUUUUGACGUCGAAUUUCAAACCAUCAAAGUAGAACCAAAGCCGGAAAGUGAGGAAUCUGAUUACUCAAUAAGUGACACGGGUAAGUUACUUGUUUUAUUUGAAUUGGAUAUACUUUUUUUUACAAAUAUGCCAUGA